AUGAUACGGCUCUGGCACUCUCUACGCUCUCAGGCUUAUGUGAAAGAUCGAGAAAGCCCUUCGAGUUGUUGGGCGGGGGAUUUGGCUAAGACGAGGCGGCAACAUGUGCACGGUUGCCCGUCAUCGCCAGGCGUCGUCGAGUCGUAUGUGAUAUUAAAACUGGACCGAGACAAGCAGCGACAGACCUACGCUGAGUCGAUUGACAUAAAAGAUGUCUACAAAGUCGCUUCUAGCCACAAUAUGGACAAGGAUUGCCGUAAGUUCCGCGAUCCUGAAAGCGGAAGCUUCAAUGUCUGCUUCUUCGUCACUUUUCCGUCAGACGGCAGAAAAUGGGUCGUGAGGUUCCCGAUCGGCCCAGUGCUCCAUGAUCCGUGGCAAAAAAUCCAGAGCGAAAUCGCCACCCUCAGAUAUGUUAAACGCAAUACGACAAUCCCUGUACCUGAAGUCUACGGAUACGGUAGCGGAGGCUCGCAUAAUACCAAUAACCCCACGGGCCGUCCGUACCUUAUUCUCGAAUAUAUCCCUGGGAGACCACUCGACUCGGGUGAUCUUCUGACUUGUUCUGACGAUGCCUCUCGACUAUUUUACUCCCAACUGGCUAGCAUUCUAUCACAACUUCGCAUGCAAAGGUUUGACUACGCGGGAUCACUUACAGCGGAUGACGAAGGCGAGCUUACGGUGACUUCUCCGCACUCCAUCGAUUUGAAUAGCAUCCAGCUAUACAGCGGACAACAAAUCAAGCCAUGUGAGAGGCACACGUCGGCAACCGACUUCGCUUGUUUCAGCUACCAAGUCCUGUUCAACCGAUUAAACCAACCAGUUGAGAUGGAAGAAGACGACGCUCGACACGAGGUCUUUGCGCUUGCUGACUAUGAAAAGAGAUUGCUCAACUAUGUUGAUUCAUCUUCAAAACAUUUUGUACUCACCCAUGGAGACCUUCGCCCGUCAAACAUUAUUGUCGGUGAGGAUCUCACCAUCAAUGCAAUCAUUGAUUGGGAAUGGAGCUGCACUGUGCCUCGCCAAUUCUUUAUACCACCCAUGUGGUUCGCUGGAAACGACGUACCACUUUCCAUCGAUGAUACCUACAAGCUGGAAUAUUCCAAAUUCCACCGGGCACUCACAGAUGCUGCCGAGGAUGAACCUGCAUGCAGAGUACUUGCGGACGAAUGGUCUCCGGAUCUAAGUUCUAGUCUCGACCUCUACCUCCCUGCCGCUCUCCUUCGCCACGACAACUUCACGGAGGUAUACUAUAAGUUUUUGUUUCCUAAAUAUUUUAAGGGGGUCAAACGGCGAGAGAAGCUAAGGGAAUUUUAUGAGGAGGAUGGCCCAAGUGGCAUUUUCAGCGAAGCGGUUCGCCGAAAACUAGAGGCAUCUCAGACUUAUCAGCAGAACUUUCGUGAUCAUUGUUGA